AUUAGGAGUUUGAUGUGCAUCUUUAUUGUUUACAACAGCGUGCUGGUGAACAUCUCAGAGAGUGUUACUGCACUUGUGACAGAACUAGGUGCUGAUCAAAGGUUGGAUACGUGAUUACUACAAACAGAGAAGGAAAUAUUUCAGCAUGUAGCUAUGUUGCUCAGAGAUGGCCUCUCCGCAGGUAACAAAGCCUAUAUUCUCUCUGAACUUUCAGCAUCCAUAUGUUUAUGGUGUGUUGAUUUUUGAAGCGAUGGCCACAUUUGUCGGUCAAGUAUCGGUUUUGUCCCUAAUUGCAAUAUUCGGGCCUGCAACCACAGCCAUGAUAACCACAGCGAGGAAAGCAGUAACGCUUCUACUAUCAUAUUUGAUAUUUACCAAGCCUUUGACGGGGCAGCAUGGAACGGGACUCUUGCUUAUUGCCAUGGGAAUUACUCUCAAGCUUCUACCAGAAAAUGAUUCAAGUUCUCGGAAGGCAAAAAUUCAGCAGCAGCAGAAACAACACAACUGUGUAUCUGCUGCAAUUAGAAUAGAACAAUUACCUCGUGUGUCCCAUUAGAUGUGCACAAUUAGAAUAGAUAUAUGUGAAUGAAAACAUGCAUGCAGCAUAUAGCGAUAUAUUUAGAACGUACGUAGCACACCCACCAAAUAAAUGUGUCCAAUAGUUUGUAAAUAUUUAGAACACAUCCAGAAACAUUAUGUGACGAAGAGCAUGUGGAACCAGCACAUAAUUCUAGGGACAAAAAUCAAGAACUUUGGGCGUAGUAAACAUAUUUUCAUCUAGAA